AUGCAAAAUAACACUUCUUUAACCGCUAAUGAACUGCGUGAAACCUCAAACGUAAACCAUUCAGUUAUACUAUCAAGUUGUUCGGAAAAAAAUCAAUCUUUAAAGUCAUGGAUCGGUUCUAUUCAACGUUCUUCAUGGGGAAAUUUAUGUGAUUGUAUCAAACACAUGGUAGAAUAUGGUUGCAAUAUGGAGCAUUCGCUAAGUUGGGUACAGGAUAUUCUAGAAGGCAUAUCAUUAUCUCCAACACGUGCACAGUUAAAUUAUAUAUUUAAUGGUUAUGCAGACUUAUACAAAAUUGUCAUCUAUAUCAUUUGCGUUACAGAUAAUGUUCCAGUUAAUUUAGAAAAAGAUAUUCGUCGAUAUGAUGGAACUUCAAGUGAAUCGGAACAAGAAAAACGUUGUCGUAAUAUUACUUUUAUUAUGUGCAAACCUGAAACAUUCUCAUUUGCAAUACUCUACGCUACCGAUAGUGAUGACAAGCCACAAACUUGUUUUGCUAGAGAUGACCAACGUAUCUUUGAUCACCUUCGUGGUUUAUUUGAAAAAUUGAAUCAAGAAAGUAAGUUAACUAAAAAUAAAAUUAAAGUAUAUAUUCUUUUUAUCUAUUCAUCAUUUCAAAUAUCAGUUAUGGAAACAGAGCUUAGUAUCGAUAACAAUGAUGCUACACUAAUAAAUACUGAAGAACCUCAUACAACAGAUAAUGUAAAUGCACAUCUUUCGUCAUCAUUAUCGUCGAGUGAAAAUGAUAGUUCGUCUGAUAUCCAUUCAAAAGGCAGUACAGAUAAAUUAUCCGUUGAAAGUGGCGAUGAUUCAACUACAUCGGAAAAACAUGAAGAUCACAUUAUAUAUAAUUCUCAAACAAAUUCUCACUUUAAUUUAUAUUCGACUGAUGAAGAACCUAUGACAAAUUCAACAACGAAUAUUCAAAAUAUAUCAUCUGAUAUGGAUGCAAUCAUUAGAGAUAUGCGUCAAGAACUCAAUUCUGCAGAAGAAUCGCCUCUUCAAACUACACAAAUUGAUUGUCAUCAAAAAAAUGUUGACAAUACAUCCGUGGAAACAAAUGAUUGUCGAAUGAACCUAAGUGUAGAUUUAAAAGAACGAGAAUCAAUUACGAAAAAUAUUAUACACCAUACAAAACAACAUACUAUCCGAAAAGCAAAAACUAAACAUGUUCGUUCAUCUAACAAUAAUUCCAUUUCAAUUCCAGUUAUUUUAUCUGACACUACUACGAAAACAGCAUCAGUCGUGGUAUCAGAUGUUCAAUCAGCAAUGGCACCAAUAAUAAAAUAUGGUCCACCAAAUAUACGAAAACAACCUAACCGCUAUCGUCGUGUUCGUAUGCUAAAGGAUUUACUCAAGAAAAUGUGCCCAUUAGUACAAGCAGGUGACAAACAUAGACAGAGAGCCUAUCCUGAAAUAGAACUGCCAACUAAUGCUGAUAAUAAUGCUGAACUUUAUGUUCGUGUCAGAGCGGUUACAGAAGGUGGACAUUCACACUCAUACCAAUGUGUUGCACCUGAAAAACUGUAUGUUAAUAUUUCAUCAAUGGGAAAUAAUAAUCAACAAACUUAUUUACAAAGUAAUUCAGAAAAUGAAUGUGUUUUCUUAAAAACUACUGAUAAAGAACGUCGUGAACGUCGAAAGAUAUUAGAAUAUACUUUAUGUGAACAAUCUACUUCUGGUGAAUAUCAACUUGUGUCACAACCUUCUUAUACAUCAAUUAUUGAACUGAUGGAUAAAGAAGUAACUAUUGAUGAUACUGAAGUCAAACCGAGACAACUAUGUCAACUGAGCGGUGGGGAGAUCAGUGUACCACUAAGCACCAAAUGUAAAAAAAGUGAUUUUUAUAUCGAAUGUGAUGGACAAGAAUUAAAAAGUACACAAUAUAAAAUGGAAGGAAAAAAAUUAAUCAUAAUUUCACCCGCAUCUAAAUCAAACAAUGAACUUCAUUUAACUAUUUUAAAAAAAGAAUAUAAUGAAGGUAUUUCUAAGAAUCAGAUGAAUACACUAUAUGAUGAUUUUAUUCCAUACGUAGUUCAUGGUCAAUGUACACAUACGUGUAGCUCCUGUAAUUAA